UGGCUAUUUUUCUUUGCCUGCUCCUUCUGAAAGGGGCAAAAAAAAAUAAUGUCACUUGUCAUGUACAUUUAUUUUUUUGUUUACUUAGUGCAAGCUCCGCUCAUAGUAUAAAAGUGAAUUAGUGAAAAAUGGACAUACAUUAGGUAAUUAAAAGAAACAAAAUGCUGUCCAACAAACGAUUGGUGGCUGUCUGUGCCAUAGCAUUCUGUUGUAAUAUAGCUGGAUUGGUAUUUUUCGUUAAAUACAAUGUUGGUGAUCGCUGUUAUGCCACUAUUGAUGAGCACCAUGUAGUAGCUGCAAUGAUUCCAGAUGAUUUCCUCAGUUUUGGCAUAGAUGCCUCCGAGAUACAAAACUAUGAUCAGGUAGACUUUGGAAAGCAUAAGUUGAGAAAACUCGCGAGGGCGCUGGCGCCGGCUAGGCUCCGACUCGGCGGUACAAUGUCUGAGCGCCUCAUAUUCAGUAAAGAUGAUACUACUACUGUCUCUUGCGAACACUGUCCAUUCAAUACUACAAAGAGUUUCUGCCAUGCUAUAAAAAGACUGUGCAAACACAAAUUUCUGCCAUUUUUCAUUAUGACAGGCAAAAAGUGGAGUGAUAUAAAUGAGUUCUGCAAAGUUACCGGUAUAAAAUUACUGUUCAGCUUUAAUGUACUUCUUCGAGACCAGCACAAUGAGUGGAGUGAAAUAAAUGCUGCUGAAAUUUUGGAAUAUUCCAGGCACAAUGGGUAUGAUGUAGAUUGGCAGCUUGGCAAUGAACCCAAUUCCUUUCAUCACGUUUUUAAUAUCAGUAUUACUCCUAACAUGUUAGCAAAAGAUUUUAAAAAUCUCCGCAAACUUCUAAACCGUAAUGGUUAUAAGAAAUCUCUAAUAGUUGGACCUGAUACUACUAGACCUCAACCACACCGGCCAGAAUGCCUGGAAUAUAUGAAGGAGUUUUUAGGAAAUGCCUCUCAUUCUAUUAAUGUUCGCUCUUGGCAUCAGUAUUAUCUCAAUGGAAGAGAAGCCAAAAUAGAAGAUUUUUGGAAUCCUGAUACUUUUGAUUUAUUGAGGGGUCAAAUAGAGACUAUGAAGAAUCAUACUUUAAAGUACAGUCAUAUCCCAAUGUGGCUAAGUGAAACUAGCAGUGCUUAUGGUGGAGGAGCACCAGGUUUAUCUAACUCUUAUGCUGGAAGCCCUAUUUGGGUAGACAAACUUGGACUGUCUGCCAAGAAUAACAUCACAACUGUGAUAAGACAAAGUUUUGUUGGUGGAAAUUACAGUUUAGUGGAUAAAGAUUUAGAGCCACUGCCUGAUUGGUGGGUGAGUGUUCUUUAUAAGAAACUUGUAGGGAAUAAAGUACUACAUAUAGAUUGCCAUUGCUCUCGAUUCCAAAGAAUGUACGCACAUUGCACUAAUAAAAAAUAUACAAAUGAUUCCACUGCAAUUACUAUCUAUGCCGUAAAUUUAGAAAUGGCUAAAGUUAAAUUUCUUCUCAAUGGCACAGCACUUCAUGGAGAUAAUUUGCAAAUUGAUGAAUUUAUUAUCAGUGCCCCUUCAAACAAUAGAAGAAGCAAAACUGUGCUUUUAAAUGGCUGGCCGUUGUAUUAUGAAUCAUCUGUGCCUGAAUUUGAACCUCAGCAUCUUAAAUAUGGUAAUCAUAUUUCAAUGCCACCAUAUUCUAUAGGUUUUUGGGUAAUUAAAAAUACAUCUAUUAAAGUAUGCACAUGAGAAGCACCAAUACAAACACCUACUCUCCCUGUAAACAUGCUCUUAAGAACAAGUGUUAAAAAGUUAAUCAUAAAACAUUCCAUUUUUUUUAAAUAGUGACAACAUGAAUGAAAUGAUCUUUUCAUUAUAAAAUCCACAGAUGAAGUCCACACAGAAUAAGAAUAUAAAAUGUUAUGUAAUAAUAUAUUUUUAAAUUGCUAUAAGGCUAAUUAGCAGAAAAGAAUGGUAUAAUAGGAAAAUAUAGUGUUUUCCUUUUAAACAAAUAAUGACUUCUUAUAUUAUUUACAAUAGUUUAAAAAUAAUUUAUGAUAAAAUAAUUUUAGUUUUAGUUUGUUACCUGUUUAGUAAAAAUAUAGGUAUGUAAUGUAACUACUUUGACCUUAGUUUAGUUAAUUUGCACAGAAUAUUUGCCUAUUUAAUAUGUUUGUAUAAAUGGCUUUUAUUGUGGUAAAUUAUGUUAUUGUGUUUUGUCUUGCACAUUUUGCCAAUUCCAAGAAGUGACAUUUGUCAGUAAAUAUGUAACAGGUACAAUGUUAUAUAAUACCUAUGAAAUGACACAUCAGAUCUUUUUAAUUUAAUUUAAUCUUUAUCGAAAAUAAUAUUUUCUUUAUAUAGGUACCAACUUGAGAGCAAACUUGUCAUCCUACUUUUGGCACAAACAUUUUUAUUUUUAUUAAUGCCCUUAUAUUUUAAAAUAUUUCUUUACAUUACAAUAACAGCCUUGUGUACAAUCACAGGGUCAUCUGCUGACACUGAACUGCCCUCUCUAUUUGAUAAUGUUAAUUUGCUCUGUACCAACAUGAAGUAUGAUUGUGAUUAAUACUCAUAGCUCCUAGUUGCCUACCUAUUUGUUUUCAAACUGAUUGCCUUCUGGCUGUCGCCUCGUGACCCCAGCUGCCUGUUAAGCAGUUGGUAAUGAAAGUAGUUGGUCCGGACAAGUAGUUUAUGCCAUAUGUGGCAACUGGCAAAUCUACAAUAAGACACCUCAAAAUAAAAUACAGGCUAAGAUAAUAUGUUUUAUGAAAAGUAAUUAAAUACCUAAUUAAAUACCUUCUUAUCUAUGUUCACUGUUCACUUCUCACCAACAAAUAAGUAUAAUGUAGGUAGUGUCGUCCAUUUGAUAAAUUUACCAAUAGAAGACUUCAAAGACAGUGUUUUAUACUGAGAUUUAUGUGAAAAAAUUUAUUUUAUUUCAAAUAUUUUAUUUAUAAUUAUCUUAGAACAUUUUACUAUUAACUUGAUAUUAAGGAAUGUUAGAUGUUAUUGCUAGUGUUACUUUUUUUUUGUGCUGCAAAAUAGUAGUGCAUUGACUAUUUUUAAAAUUCAAGUAGCAUAUAACUUUUGUAGCUUCUAGUGAGCCUGUGAAUGGUAUAAUUUAUUUAAAUAACAAAUAUUUCAUUAUAUAGGAGGUGAAGAAAACUCUUUUUUACUCUCAUGUUUAAAAUGUGAAAACAUAUUAAGCAAUUGUUUUAAGUUUACGCGGUUAUUAUCAUAAUUAAAACACAUAAUAACGGGUUCUUACCGCGUUUAAAUGGGGAUAUGAGACUCCCGAUAUUUCGACAACACUGUCACUGGCACUUGCAACAGUGUCGAAAUAUCGGGAGUCUCAUAUCCCCAUUUAAACGCGGUAAGAACCCGUUAUUAUGUGUUUUAAUUAUCAUAUUAAGCAACUUUAAAAACAGCAAGUUAACAAAUAAUGUUGGCUAUUUUUACUCAGAAUAACUGUUAUUCUUUGAGAAUGGGUACUGUAAUUAUAAUUCUGCAUUUUUACUUACGUAUUAUUUUCUAAUGUUGUGACUCUAUGGUGCCUAAAUGUAAGACUGAUUAAUAUUACCGACAAUCUUUAUUUCCAGAUGUGUCUACAGUUUUGAUGUUUAGGUUUGUGCCUUAUUGUGAUUAUAGUGAUUAUAUAAUAUAUAAAUCAUAUUCUAUUACUUCCUACUCACAUGAAUAUAUUUUAUUUUCAAUGUUGUGAAUAUAGAAGAGCUUUUGUAAAUAAGUAUAUUUACUUUACCUAAGUGUAUGUUUCAUGGGUGUCGUGAAUUAGAUUUGUUGUUUUAGGUAAAUCACAUAAUUUUCAUUUUCGCCGAAUAUGAUAUGCUCAUUCAGUCAUUUACCUACUUAAAUAUUUUUGGACACAUACAAUAUAACAUCACAUAGGUACAUACCUCAGAUACCUACAUACUACAGUGUCUGUUUCUAAUUACUUUAAUGACACAGUUGACUUGAUUUGAAGGUGUUUUUUUUUAAUAUAUUAUAGGUAAGUAGCACAACAGAAUGAUCAAUAAUCUACUCAAGUAGGUAUGAAUUUACGGCACAUACCCUACAUAAGUGAACAAGAAAUUUUAUAAAAGUGUAUUUUAUUAUUAUCUACUGUACCUUAUAAUGUAAGAAUAAUGCCUUAUAAUAACUAAGCUUUAUCUGUUAUAUAUAUAUCUAUAAUAUUGUAGAUCAAAUUACCUACUUACUCUUACUACAUUUUUAUAAGUACGUAACGUAACAAAUGUGUCUUGUUGUCGUUUACAAAUGCGCAUGCCCUACGCAUAAAUAAGUGUAUAAGUAUCAGAAACAAGUGAAUUUCACGUAAGGCUCUACAGUAUUUUAAAUUUCCCUAAGCCAUAAGUCAUUCAUAGGCUUAGAUAAUGUAACAUAAUAUUGUGGUAUUAAGAGGUCUAAGGAGUUAAAAAGGCCACUUCAAAGCAAUUCAUCUAACAAAGCAAUAUUGCUAUUUGGUUGGCAUUUGUUUACAUUGCGUACUUACUUCUAGGUAUAUCCGCAAAUGUCAAUUUGCAAUAUUGCUUUUUUAGAUGAAUUGCUUUGAAGUGGCCUUUUUAAUCCCCGUGAUCUUGCUGUGGUCAUAAAAGUAAUGUAAACCUUUAUUGAUGUUAUAGUUUUAAAAAAUGGUAAAAGUUAUAUUCCCCAUUGGGCUAGUCAGAGGUAUAUACAUCUCAGGAUGAACUAUAAAUACCCACGCUUUUCCGAGCUUUCUGCCGACGCAACAAGGCGUAGGUACGACGUGCAGUGCGUUUAUAGUUUUUCGUUAUGGAACUGCAUGUAUUUGUGAUUGGUCACUGAUUGUGUGGAAAAGGGGGAAUACAUACUUAAUGCACCGCACUUGUUUUGACCUAAAAAGGUCAUUGUUUUUAUAAUAAUAAAUGAAAUUGACCUGUGACAGCGUACCGAAUAAUGAGGGGCUAAUUCUGAUCAAGUGGAAUUUUCUGUCUAAUUUUUCCGUAGGAUUAUUUAGGAUGUAGAUAUUAAGUAUACAUAUAAUAUUUUAAAUUUAUUUUAAUUUCAUAGAGCCAUUGAUGUAGUGGUGUUCGCCUUGUGAAUGUUGAUCUCGAGAGUUUUGAUGUAAGCCGCGUUCACAUUAAUAAUUUACAUCGCUCUCCGCAAUUUUUGUACUGGCGCACUUUAUGUGACUGUUGACAUUCCGACUCACGCGUUGUGUCGUGUAAUAUUCAACCCACGCGGUUCGUCUGUUGUCGAUUGUUUUAAAAACGUUAACCGUUAUAGGUAAUUCCAGGAACUAGAAGGGUUUCCAGAGGUUUCAAGGCUUCCGUUGAGAUAGGUACUCUUACCUGUUAUCUGCCAAAACCACGAUGAUACAAUUUUCAUAAUACGAGACUAUCUAAGCUCCGUUCCUAAAAAAAAAAAUAUAGAUAGAGUUGUACAGAUUUACCGCGAAUAUACCUAUUUUCUCAUUGAUUGAGUACAUAAUUAUUUUAAAAAAAAAUGUAAUGCCAGAAGCAUACAUAAUUGUUGCCUGAUAAUGAGUGGAAGAUGUGUUGUGCCUGGUUGUAAUAACAAAGGUCAUCAUUUAUAGCUAAAAAAAAAUAUAAAUGAUGCAGAUGACUGUUAGCCAUGAAAUUAAAAGGUUACACGAAGGCAACAUUGUAUAGCGCCAUCUACAUUUUUUGGGAACGUAGCCUGGAACGUCCCUUAUUUUUUUUUAUUUUUUUCUUCUGGCUUCCGCGGCUAGCGAUGCGCCAAUGACAAAUCUUGAGUGAUAAAUCGUGAGUUAGUCUUCAAAACGUCCCUUAUUGUUGAUCGUUACACCUGGGUUAGAGACUAUGCGCAGACAAACUUUCGGCUUUUACAAAAUAACGAUGGUCUGGGGGCCAUUGGCUCUCAAACUGGUGGCUGUACCUACCUAUAGAUACAAAGAACACAACAUGAUCGUGAGGAUCUUCACAAUAAAUGUUCAGACACUAGGAACCUCAUCAAUCACGUGGAUAACUCUAACCGUUUGUAAAAAUUAUGCAAUCGAAUCGUGUCUGAACGUGGGCCAUUUGUUUGUCGUAGAAAAUAAGGAAAAAAAUGAUGUAACAAACUUCUGUAUCAAAGAGCUCCAAACUUGGUCUUAAUCGCUGAUGAACGCCAUGUUGCUCGUUCUUGUCACAUUACAUACUUUGUAGCAACUUUGUAGGUAGAUAUAGUACAUAUAUUUACUGUGUUCUUGUGCAUCUAUUUAUUAAAAUGUGCUUCACGUGUCCACCGCAAUUUGGAUUUCAGGUGUGUGAUGUGUUUAAAUUAAUUUAUAUUAAGUUUGAUUUUGAUUACAUUUAGAGCAUGUUGUGUUAAUAGAGUAACAUAGAUCUCCGGUGGACCGGAAUUGUUAGAAAUUAAUUAUUGUAAUAGAACUUUUUCAAUUACUUAUUUUGUCUUUACUUUUAAAGCCAUUUAUGUAGUAAACUUCUAUGCCUUUUUUAAUAAAUUUUAUUUAUACUUAA